CCCCGGGGUCUGUCGGAUUUGGUAGCUUUGCCGGCGUCUGCUUCUCUUGACCGUCGUGCUGAGGAUUUUAUUUCGGCUUUGAGGCGCACGCACGAGGUGACGAAGGCCACGUUAGAGGCCUCCACCGCCGCUUACAAGCGGAGGGCCGAUGCACGCCGCCGCCAUGUGGAGUUCGAGGUUGGCGAUUUUGUGUGGGCAGUCUUGACUAAGGACUGUUUUUCGGCUCAUGAGUAUAAUAAAUUAUCUACUCGAAAAAUUGGCCCCGUCGAGAUUGUUGAGAAUAUUAAUCCAAAUGCGUAUCGCCUCCGUUUACCGUCGCAUGUCCGUACAUCCGAUGUUUUCAAC